AUAUAAGUCCUGGAGCUGCAAUCAACAUUUACAAUUCAUUUUACCUCUUCAAACUUCAAACUAGCUGCUAGGAGUAACCUUUGAGUCCCGUGAUAAAAUGAAGGCCAGCAUGAAAUUUCUUCUCAUGGUUUUAGUUAUUGCUGUUAUCACUGCAUUCUCAGAGGCACAGUACAAUGGUUAUAAUGGACCUGCAAGAGGUGGCCGUGGCAGAAAUGGAGGAAGACCAUCAAACCAAGCCAAUCAAGGAGGAGGUUUCGCCCAGAGAAGUGGCCAAGAUGGCUUUAAUGUGAACUAUGGUCAAGGAGAUCUUAAUAAUAAUCAGAGAAAUCAAGGAGCUCAACAAGGAGCACAACAAAACCGAAAUGGAGGAGGAGCUUAUGGUCGAAGAACUUAUGGUUGAACUUAUUAACUGUAUACUGACAACUAACUGUAUACUAAGGAAACUAACUGUAAAGAAACUAACUAUAGACUAACAACUCAACUAUAAUAUAGAACCAAAGAAUGAAACAUGAAUAAAACACUUUUAAAAAAAUGGCCUCUAAUUUAGUCAUUUUCUUUUUA